GUGGAAGCAGCGUCCUCCGGGGGGGGCAGCUCCGCCACACCCCCGAGCUCCGAUACCGCAGCAGCGGCGGCAGCGUGAUCAUGUGACGCCCGCAUUUCCGACACAACAAUACAACGUUGGUCUGCAUUCACGCUCGCUCCCCCCCCCCCACUCCCGGUCUCCCCUUCCCCUCUCCCGGCUCUCGGUAUGGCGGACGGCGAGAGGUCCCCGUUACUAUCGGACCUGGGAGAUGGAGCUCUUGGCAGCGGCAACGGCGGCGUGUCUCCCGGUGCGGCGCCCUACGGUGCGCCCAUCAAACCGCAGAGCUUCCCUCCGUUCCCCAGCCCGACCCAGCCAUCGGUGCUCCUCGGGGAGGACCCGCCGCCCUACUCCCCCCUCACCUCCCCGGAGAGCGGCAGCGCUCCGGUUAUCAGCUGCAGGGUGUGUCAGAGCCUGAUCUCCGUGGAGGGCAAGAUCCACCAACACGUGGUGAAGUGCGGCGUUUGCAAUGAAGCCACGCCCAUCAAGAACGCCCCGGCGGGGAAGAAGUACGUCCGCUGCCCCUGCAACUGUCUGCUCAUCUGCAAGGUCACCUCCCAGAGGAUCGCCUGUCCCCGGCCAUACUGUAAGCGCGUCAUUAACCUGGGUCCGGUCCACCCCGGCCCGGCCAGCCCGGACCCCCAGCCGGCCGGGGCCCGGGUCUCCUGUGGACACUGCAGCAACACCUUCCUGUGGACGGAGUUCACGGACCGGACGCUGGCCCGCUGCCCGCACUGCAGGAAAGUCUCCUCCAUUGGUCAGAGGUACCCCCGAAGGCGGAGCUUGUGGUGUUUCCUCCUCUGCUUGCUGUUCAGCAUCUCGGCGGCGGGGCUGAUGGCGGGGACGUGGGCGAAGGCCCCCACCUACCAGGGGAUCUACGCCUCGUGGGCCGCGCUGCUGCUCCUGGUCCUCGUCACCUUGGCCCGGGCCUUCUACUGGGCCUGCAUGAGGGUCAGCCAGCCCCUCCAGAACUUCACAUAGAGGGCCCCCAGCCACCCCGCUCCCCCACCCCGUGAAGCUCCUCUCGUCCCCGUCGGGCCGGAGCACGGACGGCUUUAAAAAGAAAGCAAAAAACACACUAACAAAAGAACAUUUCGUUUUAUUUAAACCCAGAAAGAGAAACUCCUCCCCCUUCUGUCCCAUGUUUCUGAAGCUGGAUGCUCAUUGGUGAUUCCGAUGAUGCAUAGGGCCUGAUGUACGGUUUCUCUGCUCCUCUCUAUACAUUUUGGCUCUUGUCUGCGGCGCAUCGGUUACACUCUUAAAGCAAAGUCUUACGUUUGGGUCGGGUUUAGUAUCCCAGCGUUUUGAGAGAAAACGAAUGAUUUUUGUAAAAAAAAAAAAAAAAAAGAAAAAGCGGCGUUUAAGUCUGACGAAUCGAUGCCGGAGGACGACGAGCCGCCGCAGGCGCAUCGGAUCAAGUAGCUGUGGAAAUGUGUCUGAAAAAUGUAAUUGAGCGCCACGUGAAGGUAGACAGCGAUGUUUUUAAACUCAAUGUUUUGUGCUGAAUUAUCCCCCCCCCCCCCCACACCCCCCCGGGGACUGACUUUGAUCCAAAGCAGCUUGAAAGCCUUAAAAGGAGUUGUGGCAGAAGGAUUCACACACACACACACACACACACACACACCUACACACACACACACACACACACACACCUACACACAACAGAAGGAGGGUGCUGCGUCGGCUUGUCGGAGUCGUCACAGCCCCCCCCCCCCUUCAAAGACAGACCUGCGAAGCCAUUCUCCCCGUUUGGGGGGGGGGGGGGGGGGAGGGAGAUGUUUGUUCUGGUCCGGGACCCACAUCUGUCAUCCAAAAAAAAGCUAUAGCCAACUUCCGCGUGUCUAUAUGGUUUUAACUUUGAUACAAGGCGUCUUUUUGGAAUUGUUGUCUGCUCGUAAGCUUUCAUCCCCUCAAACAGCACUAAGCUGAAUUUUAAAGGCCCGAUGGUACAUUUUUUUUUUGCCGGAUUUAAUCUCUGAAAGCAAAACAACACUGAGCUUAAAAAAUACAAAACUACAGGCUUUUUUUUAAUUUUUUUUAGCUCCAGUUAGCUAACCCCAAAAAGCUCAGCAGCUGGAAGAAAGCCCCCCCCCCCCCUGUAAUUGGUGCGAAAGGCACCACGUAGCCGAACGCCGCUCAAGGUGAACCUUUGUCGUUGGAGACGGACGCCGCUUCCGAGCCUCCCUUCUGAUUGGCUCCCCGGAGGAGCGCCACACGAAGCUUAAGGCCGGGUCGGCGACACGUCACACACACACGUCACACACACACACACACGCACGCCUCACUCGUGGUGACUUCUCCGUCUGUGGUCCUGAACGUGGUGACAUCUCCUCUUUGUUUUCCAUUGUAAAUAUAUUUGUGUUUUGCGUACGGUAGAAGUGACGCGUGGUGUCGCACUACGGCUUGUGACAGCUUUUUGUUUGUCCUUUUUUUUUUAAAGAAGGUUGUUUUUGCAACUCUUUGCCUGUUACAUAUUUAAUGAUUUAAUCAAACUACUAACCUAAUAAGCCUCUGGACACUUUGUCGUGUCCAAACCUUUAACAAACAAACGCAUCGACGGACUCGCAAUCAGCCGAAAAUUUACUAAUCUCAUCCUGGAGUGAGGACAUUUCUCUCUCUCACACACACACACACACACACACACACCCAGCACCUUAUACAGUGAAGAGAAACACUGCAUCCAGCGAGUCAGAGGCCCCCGCUCCACUGAACCGAGGUCGCGACCGGUUCACAUGGAAGUGUCAUGUUAUUUAUUAUACACGCUGCAAAAAAAAAAAGAAGAAGAAGAAAAAAGGCCACAAAUGAGUCAUUCAUGAAGUCUGAAAAUCUUUUGUUAUUGUGGUUUCAAAGUGUGUUAUGGAGCGAUAUCACUGUCUUCAAGACUGGACCAUUUGUUUCUUCUUAAAACAUCGAUCCACCAGUUUUAACUCAUGGUCAGUGCUUCGCUUCUUAAGACUGAUGGAUGGAAUUGUCAUGACUUGUUUAAGAAGACUGCUUUUUGCUUUCUUUUCUCUUUUUUUUGCAGUGGGGUGUUCAUUUUUUUUUAUUUUUAUCCAUGACUGCAAAAAGAAAUCAAUUAUGUUGAUGCCAAUAAUCAAGAACCUGGCUGAUCCUCUUUGUUUACAAACAAAUAAAGAAAUGAUGAUGUACAAAA